AUGCUCGACGGCUUCCUCGAAUCGUCCCGCAGCCAAAGAACCACCAACUCUCCCCGCCAACAACAACCCUCCCCCUCGACUCUCCCCUCCUCCCAAUCCCCCUGGGCCAUGGCCAACUCCGCCGUCGCCGAAGCCACCCAAAAGUCGCGCACCGAACAAAACCGCGUCGCCCUCGCCGAUCUCCGCCGCUCCUACACCCGCAAAGACCUCGAGCAGCAAGUCUUCCGCCGCUGGAAGACCGGCGACAUCUACUCCCCCCGCGACCUCUCCGGCGUCGAAGCGUCCAAAUGGAAGAAAGUCUCCAAGAAACCGCGCCCCCGGCGAGACGUGCUGGAUCAGUUGGGCGUGAAUCCGUUGCAUUAUUAUACGAAUUUCAGUAUUAUGGGGGAGUAUACGACGGAGAUGGGCAAGAUUCGGAGUGGGAAUGAGACAGGGCUGAGGCCGGUCAAUCAGAGGAAGAUGGCCAAGGCGAUUAGGCGGGCGAAGGGGGUGGGGUUGUUGAUGCCUGGGACGCACUUGCAUCCGGAGGUGCUGAGGUUGCAGGCGGUGGAUCAGUUGAGGACGCCGAGGAGGUAG